AUGGAGGAGCUGGAUCCAGACACUAUUUCUCAGACUUGCCCGAACUUGGAGACACUUUCUGUCUUGGGAUACUUCGUGGACAUCCGACUCGAUUUCUCUCAGUAUCAUGAACACAACCAGCCUUUGCCCCCUUUAAAGUGCAACUGGAACAGUGUUACCGAGCUCGAAGUAGACCUCAGUGACCCUAGCAAUCCGAUCGCUAGAAGUGCUCGUCGCCUUCGUGUCCGCUUGUUCCCUGAUUGGUGGGGGAAUUGGACACAAACCCCAGCAGAUUAUCGUCCAUCGGUCGUAGACGCUGAUGUGUCUGAACUUUUGGGGAUGUUGGAGGCGAACAAAACUCUGGAAUACGUGGAGAUUGUCUUUCCAGUGAGGUAUGCACAGUAUAUGACCGAUAUCAGGAAGCACCAUCUUACACCAGUAAACCGCGGUCUUCACCUCGCGACUGAAGCUAAAAUUGCUUUUCUGAGUGUUCUAUCGUCGCUUGUGGUGUCACAUGACACGAGCAAAAAGAGGAAAAGCCAGGCUCAGCAAGUGCAUCUUCCGAUACCAGACCAGCAUGUCCUGGCCAAGAUCUUCGCCUUCGCGGCUCCUAAUGUUCUUCGUCAAGUGUUCGUUCGCAAGACCCGCGACCGGGAUUUCGAUAGGGAGCGCAUUCAAGUGGUGAUUUAGUCCUUGAAAUGCUUCAGAAAGGAACUACAAAGCUGUACUACUAAUGCCGAACCAUAAUUUCGCUUCUCGGGUUAAUUCAUCGACAAUACAACUGCAGUCGAUCUUAUGCACUGCAGCACAAAGCUC